AUGUCUAUUCCAACUACUCAAAAGGGUGUUAUCUUCUACGAAAACGGUGGUCAAUUGUACUACAAGGACAUCCCAGUCCCAAAGCCAAAGUCUAACGAACUUUUGAUCAACGUUAAGUACUCCGGUGUCUGCCACACCGAUUUGCACGCCUGGAAGGGUGACUGGCCAUUGGACACCAAGUUGCCAUUGGUCGGUGGUCACGAAGGUGCCGGUGUCGUCGUCGCCAUGGGUGACAACGUCAAGGGCUGGAAGAUCGGUGACCUUGCCGGUAUCAAAUGGUUGAACGGUUCUUGUAUGAACUGUGAAGAAUGUGAAUUGUCCAACGAAUCCAACUGUCCAGACGCUGACUUGUCCGGUUACACCCACGACGGUUCUUUCCAACAAUACGCUACCGCUGACGCUGUCCAAGCCGCUCACAUCCCAGCUGGUACCGACUUGGCUCAAGUCGCCCCAAUCUUGUGUGCCGGUGUUACCGUCUACAAGGCUUUGAAGACCGCUGCAAUGAAGGCUGGUGACUGGGUCGCCAUCUCCGGUGCUGCUGGUGGUCUAGGUUCCUUGGCCGUCCAAUACGCCAAGGCCAUGGGUUUCAGAGUCCUAGGUAUCGAUGGUGGUGAAGGUAAGGAAGAAUUGUUCAAGAGCUUGGGUGGUGAAGUCUUCAUUGAUUUCACCAAGUCUAAGGACAUUGUCGGUGAAGUCAUCAAGGCUACCAACGGUGGUGCUCACGGUGUCAUCAACGUCUCCGUCUCCGAAAAGGCCAUCGAAUCCUCCAUCGAAUACUGUAGAUCCAACGGUACCGUCGUUCUAGUCGGUUUGCCAAAGGACGCCAAGUGUAAGUCCGAUGUCUUCAACCAAGUCGUUAAGUCCAUCCACAUCGUUGGUUCUUACGUCGGUAACAGAGCUGACACCAGAGAAGCUCUUGACUUCUUCUGCAGAGGUCUAGUCCACGCCCCAAUCAAGGUUGUCGGUUUGUCCACCUUGCCAGAAAUUUACGAAAAGAUGGAACAAGGUAAGAUUCUAGGUAGAUACGUUGUUGACACUUCCAAAUAA